AUGUUCGUUAAAGCUGAAACUCAACUCCCUCACGGUGGUUCGUUUUCUUUCGUCGAAGAGGUUGAUGAGAUGCAAAAUUGCGGGAUUGCUCCAAAGUACUGUAGUUUAAAUGUCGUGAGUAACGACCUCCUCUGUGGCAAGUUCACUCGUAAAGUUUCUCAUCUGGCUGAAUCAAGCAAUACAGAUUCCUUUGCAUUUGAAGAUGCGGCUUUGGAAAAAGACCUUUCAUGUGAACUUGCUCAUACAGUACCUUAUGUCGUAUUUUCUAUGCCACGCAUAGAGGAAGUAUUCUUUAGGUUCUACAAUCACUUGUUGCAGCAGCAGCUUCACAAGAAGGUUAAAGACCCGGUCUUUCAAACGUAUGACUCUGAACUGUUUCCUCUAUUAAAGUCAAGAACUGUUGGAGGAUUCUUUGUUUGGCUUAGAGAAAUGGUAGUCUACAAGCACUACAAUUAUAUCCCUGAUGCCCUCGUUAGAGGGGUGAUGAUUAGAAAUGCUGGUUUGAUCGAUGAUGAAGACUUGAAUAUGUGGGUUGAGGUGGUGACAAGGGUGCCAUUCGGUUUUGUUUGGUAUCCUAUUGAAUACCGUUACUUAUUUCAGUUGGAAAAGAAAUUACACACGAGGGAAGAUAUCACAAGCAAGAAGAGAAAAGGAUGCAAUCUUGGCUGA